CAAUCUAAAAACAACAUGGCGGCGUCAUCUCUUUACGAGGACGAUACUUCUGAUUCAAAUUUAUCCCAGGAUGGAAUACAAAGUUCCUUCGAUAGUCUGGAUUUGCAAGACAGCGAAAGAGAUUUCAAUGUUCACACAACCGGCGCGCAAAAAAAUCUCAAUCUGAUUCAUAAGUUGAACUUGAGGCAGAUUUACGGUCGUGUUACUAGAAAUCCUAGAGCGAAAACGGAAAAAUUAGUAUCAGAGAUCCAUUCUCAAUGUAAAUUCCAACUUAGUAAGCUCAUAGAGCCCGAAGCUUUAAAUCAUAUUUUUAUGGGAUUUACAUUAUGCGGUCAGUAUGUUGUUAGUUUUAUGGAGAAAUACGUAGAGGGUAGAUUAAUUCUUCUUCCCGAUCCUGAAUACGAAUUAUAUAUAUGGAGGUUUGUACCUGGGAAAAGGUUAAGACUGGUUGCAAAAUACCCUAUUUUUAAAUUGUUACAAGGACAAUGUGUACUCAGAGAAAUCGUAUUUAUGCAGUUCCCAACUGAUCCAUUUCGAUUAAUUUGUUAUGGAUCUGGAUCUUAUAGUAUGAUUGAUACAACAAUGGCUUUUUUAACAAUUUUAACAUUACCUAGUCCAGAUAAUUGCAAAUAUUGUAAAUUAAAUAAUAAAUUUGAACAAGGAUGGUGUCUUCGCCAUGGUUUUAUGAUGCAUUACUCCUUCUCAUUAAACCAAUCCUAUACUCAAGGACAUUCUCCGUUUGACCCACACAUUUCCCUCGCGUAUCCAGACCAUUUUGUGAUAAAUACAGGUGCGAACAUUCACAUAUUAAAUGUGCAAUGUGCCGAACCACCAAAACCUAAUUUUAUUCCGCCCGUAUUGGAAAAAGAAUGCGAUAAAAACCCCACGAAUACAUUCGCUGAUAAUGCAAGUGAAGCUUCCGAAAUUAGUAUAGAUAAUUUUAGUACAAACAGUACGAUUGAUGCUAUAUUAGAAGAUUUCAAUGAGUAUGAUAUAGAAAGUUCUGAAUGUAAUCGACCUUUUCAUGAAUUAAACAUUAGUUGUGAACCGUUAAAUGUGACAGGUAAGAGUUAUCAUAACACGUUGGUGCAAAAUAAUAUAGUUGAUGUGCGCGUAAAACGAUUUCAAAGUUCGAAUAUAAAAAAUGAAAAACCUAAAGUUAUUGAUAAAAAAGUUGCGGAAAAAGCGUACGAGUUUACCGAGGAAAAUGAAAAGUGUGAAAAGUUAAGUUCGUUUCGAAAGAAGCGAUUAGCCGAUAAAAAAUACGAAUUUUCUGAAGAUAACUCUGAAAAUAUUGUACCGUUCAACUCAUUACGUCGAGAACGCCGAUUUUUUAAAUCAACAGAUUUGAAUAACGGGUUAUUUCUUAGUCCUCGAUCCCCAGGUUUACGAUCUCCUAUUCUUUCCCCAAAUUCUCGUCAUGGACAGUUCCGUAGUUCCCCCCAUUACUCAAAAUCUCCAAUCAGCCCAAGAGACUCGGCCAGAAAAUUUUACGUUUAUUCACCCAGUUUGGACAGCGAUUGUUCCGAUUCCGACUCCAGGUUGAUUUUAAGACAACCUGGAAUUUAUAUGGAUAGUCGUAUUCCACAACAUUCAUCAGGUUUAUUAAUUGUAGACAGUAAUCGUAAAGAUGAUUUUGCAAGAUUUAUUAAGAAAGCUGUUCGAAGAUACACAAGCGUUGAUUAUUUUGAAAAUAGUUCUUUGGUAUCCGGACAAAGUAAAGUUUGAAGGGUUUUGUUGGUACAUGGUUAUAAGUCAAUUAAUAUAAACUAUGGCUUCAUCUACCUAGGGAAACCUACCUAAAAGCGAUUGGUUGCAGGGGAUUAAAUAAAUCCGAAUAAUUAGUUGCCCAUCUUUUCAUUUACCAGAGAAAUAUAGAGAUUAUAAAUCUCAAUUAUUGUAGUUUUGGGUAAGUAUAGAUAAAACACGUUCCUUUAUGGAUUCUGCUUAUAUGUGAUUAUAAGCAGAUGAAUAUAAUUAAUUUUGGAGGACAAUAUUACAAAGUCUAUUA